GGGGCCCUGCGCCCUCCGCCCACACGGCGCGGCCGGAGCAGCCGCCUCCAACGCCACUUGUGGAGUUCUUCCCCCGGCGGCGGUAACUUUACACUAGCCUGAGAGAGGCCUAUUUUUAUUCAGAAACCAGCAACCAGAGUGUCUAUAGAGAACGCUCCGAUGGAGGGCCAGCCCACCACUUGAGGAUUUCUCACAGAUUGGUGGGGAAGGAACGUCUUGCCCUACUAGCCUUUCUCUGAGAUUUCAGAAUUCUGCGGCCAUCAUACAAUUAGAGCGGAAUUGGUUGCUCGCGGGGGCGGGGAGCUUUUGGAUCAGCUGUUGCCCUAACCUGGCGGAGCUGACGCUGAACCCCACCUCUCGGCCUCUAAGCCCUGAGACCAUCACGCAAAGCCCGGCCCAGACCGUGCCCUGGUCACCUUCCUGCUGGAAUCGUUCCAAGAGCUGUUAGGGACAGGCUCACGGUGGGGAGGAGCAAAGAGAUGAAUGUAGCAGCCAAGUACCGCCAGGCAUCCCUGUAUGUGGGUGAUCUCAAUGCAGAUGUCACGGAGGACCUGCUGUUCAAAAAGUUCAGCACUGUGGGGCCUGUGCUGUCCAUCCGCAUCUGCAGGGACCUGGUCACCCGCCGCUCUCUGGGCUAUGCCUACGUGAACUUUCUGAAGCUGGCUGAUGCCCAGAAGGCCCUGGACACAAUGAACUUUGACAUGAUAAAAGGCAAACCCAUCCGUCUCAUGUGGUCUCAACGUGAUGCCUACUUAAGGAAAUCUGGCAUUGGGAACGUGUUCAUCAAGAAUCUGGACAAAUCUAUUGAUAACAAAACCCUUUAUGAACAUUUUUCAGCUUUUGGGAAGAUCCUAUCCUCCAAGGUGAUGAGUGAUGAUCAAGGCUCUAGGGGCUAUGCAUUUGUGCACUUCCAGAACCAGAUCGCGGCCGACAGGGCCAUCGAGGAGAUGAAUGGGGCCCUGCUUAAGGACUGCAGGCUGUUUGUUGGCAGAUUCAAGAACCGUAAAGAUCGGGAAGCCGAGCUCCAAAACAAGGUCAAUGAAUUCACCAAUGUUUACAUCAAAAACUUUGGAGAUGACAUGGAUGAUGAGAGACUGAAGGAAGCUUUUAGUAAAUAUGGCAAAACCCUGAGUGUUAAGGUGAUGACAGAUUCCAGUGGGAAAUCCAAAGGCUUUGGCUUUGUGAGUUUUGAUAGCCAUGAGGCUGCCAAAAAGGCUGUUGAAGAAAUGAAUGGAAAGGACAUAAACGGACAGCUGCUUUUUGUAGGCCGGGCGCAAAAGAAAUCAGAGCGGCAGGCGGAGUUAAAGCAAAUGUUUGAGCAGCUGAAACAGGAAAGAUUUCGGAGAUGCCAGGGCAUGAAGCUCUAUAUUAAGAACCUCGAUGAUACCAUUGAUGAUGAAAAACUGUGGAGGGAAUUUUCUUCGUUUGGGUCAAUUAGCAGAGUCAAGAUAAUGCGGGAAGAAGGGCGAAGCAAAGGGUUUGGCUUGAUCUGCUUCUCCUCUCCUGAGGAGGCCACUAAAGCAAUGGCUGAGAUGAAUGGCCGAAUCUUGGGCUCCAAGCCACUCUACGUUGCCCUGGCCCAGAGGCCCUAGGAGAGAAAAACUUACUGCACCAGCCAGUGUUUGCAGCAGGCGUGCGAAUGAUAGUGAUCUCUGCCUUUGAAUUAUCCUCAGAAAAUUUCAAAUCCCAGCUGAUGGCCGCUUAGUUUAGUAAACUUUGUGAUAAAAGGUUUUGUAUACAAAGCUAUUUUUUCUUGUGUGGAAAAAUAAAUGAAUCUUGGAAGCUUGA